UCAUUUACAUUCGAAAUAAACUUUUUAAACAUUGCAUCAAUCGAUCAGCUGCUCGCAGAUAUUUGUCGUGUGAUUUCUCUCCUGAUUUAUAUUAUUGUUACCGAAUAAUUGAAUAUCAAUCUCCAUCAAAUCAUCUUAAUUCAGUGUUUCUGUGAAAUAUUUCUUCCAUCGACAUAUUUCCAGUGAACGUUACAUUUCUACCGACAUCUGAAGAUGAGAUCGGCAUCUGCUCGCGUGGCCUCUCUGUACGUCGGUGAUCUUCACCGGGAGGUUUCAGAGGUCAUGCUGUACGACAGAUUCAUUCCGUUUGGCCCGAUCCACUCCACCCGAGUGUGUAGAGACAGAAACACAUUCAGGUCUCUGGGCUACGGAUAUGUCAACUUUGUCAACCGCUCGGACGCUGAACAUGCAUUUGAGAACUUAAUGUUCAGUCUCCUCAUGGGUCGGACCAUGCGCAUCAUGUGGGCCGAUAGAAACCCUGCACUGAGGACCACCGGCGUUGGCAACAUUAUCAUUCAAGGCCUGGCAAAGGACAUCUGCAGCCUGGCACUUUACGACACCUUCUCUCAUUACGGCACCAUCUUAUCAUGCAAGGUGGUUGCAGAUGAGAAUGGCUCCAGAAGAUAUGGUUUCAUUCAUUUUGAGUCCUACGAAGCCGCUGAAAGAGCCAUUCAGGAACUCAAUGGGAUGAUGCUGAAUGAUCAAGUGGUGUCCAUCAGCCACUUCAGAUCAUUCCAGGAGCGUCAGGCAGAGAGGGAAUCAAACCCUGGCCGCAUGAAAAAGGACUACAGAAGUCUCUUCCCGGGAGUGCAUCUCUAUGUCAACAAUCUGCCCUACGGAUGGACGGACCACCAGCUGCAUAGAGCGUUCUCCCCAUUCGGGUCUGUCACCAAUGCUACGGUGGCGAGGAACGGCGGGCGCAGCCGAGGGUUCGGCUUUGUGUGUUUCACGAGCCCUGAAGCUGCAGCUCAAGCCGUUUCGGCAAUGGACGGACGUGUCAUUUCCAACAGACGUCUGAAUGUUGCCUUCUCUCGGGUCCUGGAUACGCCAGUGUCUUUCAGCGGCUGUGUAUCACCUCCUGAAAAGCAGUCGCUGCUUCCUUCAGGACACUUUGGGAUUGUUCCACAGGCUAUCAGCAAUGUUGGUCAGCAGCUCGCCAGCCUCAUUCGGCUUGUGUCCAGCUGUCGACGGGAUGCAGCGGGUCUCCUGCCUAAGUGUGAGAGUCUGGUCCCGCUGGUCUGUCCGCUGCUGUUAGACUCGUUGGUGCCCAACAUGCUGCGUGUGAACCAGGAGCUGCCAGAACUCAUGUCUGAUGCUUCUGGAACAUCAGACACCUUGAGCUCUCCACUAUCUGGAGACUUUGGUGCUGUUGUUCCAAAGACUCCUAACAGUGUCGCUCAGCAGCUGUUUGACAUCUCUCCACCUGUCUUGUGUCCAACAGUCGCUGGUAUGCUGAUGGUGUCCUACCACAGUGUGAGAGGUUCCUCCAAUUGGUCUCUCCACUGCUGUCAGACACGUUUGACUCGGAGCCGCCCUGCAUGCCGACUGGUAAACUGCAACUGUCAGAGAUGAGGCCUGACCAAGCCACUGAUGCUCCUGGAGUGUCGGAGACCUGCGGUGCCGUUGCUGUGGUUCACAACAGGUUUGGUAACGGUUUGGGUAUGACUGGAAAUAUGAACACCUCCAAGGUAGGAGAAAUCUCUUCAUUUGUCAAGGAUUU